AUGCUCAAGCAGGUGAUUCGUCUCCAGCAGCUUAUAAAACUCGAAUCUGGGCGCGUGCAAGAAAUGCGGGCGAAAUCCUUGACAAAAUUUAACACCAACCAGCUAGAAGCGAUUACAGAUUACGCUUUCUCUCAUAUUGUGGAAAAUCCCAAGGUACCCUUCGACUUUGGGUUCUGUCGCCUGUCGAUGACGAAGUCGAUUGAAACCCAUAUAGCCAAAUUUCUAAAGAUAUGCCUCGAAAGAUCUAACCAAGCGAAUAUUUCGGCUGUAUUCGAAGCUGCAAUUAAUUUUAUAGCAUCGGCUAUAGUGAAGAAGGCGCAGUCAUCAAGGAAUCAAGGUGCGUAG